AUGGCAGAAAAUGACAUAAUUGUGAUAACUGAAAAUAACUUUCUGGCCAAUAAGGAAUCUCAAAUUCAGGACAAUAUUAACACUUUAAAAAAUAAAGUGCCGGCGGAUGAUAAAUUGGAUGUGCUGUUAAAUGAGUUAUAUAUGAUCAAGAAUACAUACUCGCAUAAUUAUGCUAUUUUAGAAUUAAUUCAAGGUUUAUUCGACGAUUUCUUAAAAAAGUUCGAAAAUGAAAAUGAUAUCAAAUCUAUGCGUGUAGUCUCUAGGAUUCUUCCAGAAAUUAUGAUCGAAUUUUUUAAAAUUCGUAUCGAUAAAUUUAUUAAAACGUUUACAUAUAAGGAGGCUAAAAAUGUCAAA